UCUGCCGGAGAAUGCUACUGCCCGCCCGCUAUUAAGCACUCGACCCGACCCGUGCCGCAGCCGUGUUUACAUCCUCGAUGAUGGUGCGACGCAGCGGACGAUACACCGUCAACUGGCGGGGAUUUAGAGAAUUCGCGUUCGGAAACAAACCACCCGAUGAAGAAAAAGAAGAAAAGAAACCAGAAGACGACUUAUCUAAUCAUGACGUGAUAUUCUUGAAAAGCAUUGUGGAAAGUCCAGAUUUUAUAAGAAAACGUGAGUCCGUCGAUUCUGAGGAGGAUUUGAUUGUGAAGCCUGUAUCCUUGGGCAACGUGAAUAUUAUCCGGUCGCUAAGUGAGUACCGCGGCAACAACAUAAGGACUAUUGAGCAAGCCGAACUCGCUAUUCUAUUAUCCAGGGUACAUUUUAAGGCUUUAAUAGAUGCUCAUGAUCAAAUAGGUACAAUCUGGCUAGAGCGUGGCUCGGGAGUUGAUGAGAAACUCUUGACUGAAGAGAAAGACAAAACGACUGAGGACGAUUCUGAGGAAAACGGGGACAUGCCAGUGGAGACUGUUAAAGUUGUGGGCCUUAGAAAAGUGCCUGGCCAGCCAUUAGGAUUAACGGUCACAACAGAUGAACAUGGCCAGCUGAUAGUGGCCAGAAUAUUGGCAGGCAGUGCUGCUGCCAAGCAGGCCCUGCUGUCAGUUGGUGAUGUGCUCCUGGAAGUUGAUGGAAUGCAAAUUGACUCAGAAGAGCAGCUAAAGGAAGCCGUCAGCAAACCUAAUGAUAGAGUCACGCUCAAAGUUGGACCAAAUUUGAAAGAAAAAAGCUCACAGUUAGCUAAUAAGCUUAGUUGUUAUAUGAGAGCUCUCUUUGAUUAUAACCCAAAGGAAGAUACAUUAUUACCAUGUAAGGAAAUUGGACUUGAAUUUAAAAAAGGUGAUAUUUUACAAGUAUCAGAUAGAAAAGAUCCUAACUGGUGGCAAGCAAGUCAUGUAGAAAACUCAGACGUUGUUGGCCUAAUACCGUCACCAGAAUUGGAGGAGCGGCGUAAAGCAUAUGUGCCACCUGAAGCUGACUUUGUACACAAGAUCAGCAUUUGUGGAGCCCGGAUAUCAAAAAAGAAAAAGAAGUUUGUAUACGAGUCCCGUUCAAGCGUGCAACUAGAGGGCGCUGAACUGACGUUGUACGAAGAAGUAGCACGUACGCCGCCUUUCCUGCGCAGAAUCCUAGCACUAGUCGGUACACGUGGCGUCGGUCGAAGGACCAUUAAGAACCGAAUGAUACAGGAACAUCCUGAUCGAUUCGGAGCUGUUGUUCCACAUACAUCACGACCGAAACGACCAUUGGAAGAGGAUGGCCUUUCGUAUUGGUUCGUGUCACGAGAAGAGAUGGAACGCGACGCUCACGCUGGCCGCUUUCUGGAAUACGGCGAACAUAAUGGUCACCUGUAUGGAACGCAUCUGGACUCUAUACGCGCUGUUAUCAAGGAGGGCAAAAUGUGUAUCCUAGACUGCGCUCCACAAUCUCUAAAACUGCUUCACAACAGCAGCGAAUUUCUGCCUUACGUGGUCAUGAUUGGCGCCCCCGGCAUAGAACAACUACGCAACCUUACUUACGCUUCUAACAGCAAAUUGACGUUUGACAGGCAGAGCUCCAUACGCUACAGCUCACGGCGCGCGCGCACCCUCGAGUCUCUUGCGUCACUCUAUGAGGAAGAAGAUAUGAAACAGACAUUAGAAGAGAGCGCCCGCAUUCAGCGACAGUAUGAGAAGUACAUAGAUCUGGUGCUAGUCAACAAUAACAUGGACACCUCAUACGCUAAGAUCAUGGACGCUCUGCAUUCACUUUCAACCAACCACCAGUGGGUUCCCGUUAGCUGGAUUUACUAGUAUUACAAAGUAUUCUACCUAUACUUUUGUAUAAUAAUAUUACUCUGUAAUAAUAUACUUGGAUGUGAUAAGUCACAGACCAAACACAGGUCCUUCCUGUCGUUCUUACAGAGUUAACGUACUUCAAUUAAUUAUAAAGCGUGCUAGACCUAGGUACAGUCUUCCCGCAUGAAAAGCUUAGAUAAGCCGUAUAGCGGUACAUUGUGUUCUAAGCUCAUUGGAAUCGUCACAGCGCCUACAUACAUAAUUACCAAUAUGCUUAAAAAUAUUCUUUAACAUUUUAUCUUAAGGAAAUUUAAUAUUCGAACCUCGUACAAUGAAAUUAAAUACAUCACAGGACUUUAAUUAAGGUAUAGUUGUAAUCAAGUUCUCACAAAAUUCGAAUUUUCUAAAAUAUUUUAAGUGCGGGUAAGUAAAGUAAGCCAACUUCAAUGCAUGAUGUGACAGAAAAGUAUUAAAGCUGUUUAUGGUGAUUCAUCAUUCCAUUGAAUCAGUCCUCAACUUUCAACAAAUACAUAAUCAAUUAAUCAAGUUUUUGAAAUUUUGUUAUCAUUUUCACCUCACUGUUACUAGGACAAUUAAAAUACACUUCUCUUAGUUACCUUCAGUUGAAUAUUUUAGUAAAUAAAGUAUUUAUCCUGUUUGCUUCCCGUCUCGCGAGUCAUUUUAGUAAGCAAAAAAUACAGAACAGAAACAUAAGUAAUAAUUAAAUAGAAUUCAGAAUCGUUAGAAUGGUCGUAAUUGACUUUCUAAAUAAAUGAUAUAAUGAAUGUAAUUAAGAGUUAAGUGUACGUAAUGUAAAGUUAAAUAAUAUCAUUUUCGUAUUAUCUAUUGCCAGCUUUUUUUAAUAAAUAAUUUUAUAACC